AUAUUGUUGUCAUUAUUCUUUGGAUGUAUAUAUAUAUGUGAUAAGAAUAUUUCCCAGUGUUUUCAAGUUAAAGAAAAAGGACAAAAGUGCACAUGUAACUUGUCAAUAAAAAAAAUAAAAUAACGGAACGUUAAAUAAAAAAAAAAAAAAAAAAAAAAAAAGAUGGGAACAAAGAUGAAAUUGAGAUUUUUAAAAGUGCAAAAAAAUAUAAAUUUUUAUUUGUAAAAUAAUAAUUCCAUAACAACAAUGAUAAUUGAUAAGAAGAGAGUCACGACAUAAUAUAAGCAAAUAUUGGCCAUGGCAACCACGGAGCAGGAUAUUACAGUUGCUGAUUUUAUAUUUUACAAUAACUUUGAUUCAGCAAACUUAGCUAAAGUUGAGCAAGUCAACACACAAAAUGCUAAAGAUCAAGAUGCUAGUGAAACAGUUGUAAAUAAGUCGUGUAAAAUUUCUGAUGAUCAACAACCAGAAUAUGAAUUUAACGUCUGGACCAAACAUGACUGUCAUGGAACAGAAUUUCAGAAUAAUAAUCGAACAUGGUUUUAUUUUGGUAUUAAAUCACCUGUUCAAAAUGUUUCGGUUAAGCUCAAUGUGGUCAAUCUUAAUAGACAGUCAAAGAUGUUUAGCCAAGGAAUGUGUCCAGUUUUUAAAGUCAUUCCAGGCCAUCCUCAUUGGGAAAGGAUACGGGAUAAACCGACUUACACUAUGGACCAAAAAGGAAGUGAAUUUACAUUAUCAUUUAUAAUUCGGACUCCAGAAAAUCUUAAAGCCAUUAUUUAUGUUGCAUUCACAUAUCCAUUUACUUACUCUGAUCUUCAACAUUAUUUAAACAAAAUUGACGCACGAAUAUCGAAACAAAAUUUGUCAAAUCCAGAUGCAAUAUAUUAUCAUCGAGAGUGUGCUAUUAAAUCAUUAGAAGGUCGUCGUCUUGAAGUAUUAACCGUUAGCUCUUAUCACAAUAUUUGGGGGGAGAGGGAAAAUAAUUUAAAGGGCUUAUAUCCAGAGCCUGAUGAACAAAGAUCAUUUAAAUUUCGUGGUAAAAGAACUGUGUUUGUGAGUGCACGAGUUCAUCCAGGUGAAACACCGUCCAGCUUUGUGUUCAAUGGAUUUUUAAAUUUUUUACUUAAUUUAGAUGAUCCAAUAGCUAUUAUAUUACGCCGUAUUUAUGUGUUCAAAUUAAUACCUAUGCUUAAUCCUGAUGGUGUUGCUCGAGGUCACUAUCGUAUGGAUACACGUGGUGUCAAUCUUAACAGGGUAUAUCUUAAUCCUUCAUACAAAAAUCAUCCUACUAUUUUUGCCGCAAGAAGUCUCAUCAGGUAUUAUCAUAAUUUUUAUGAAGAAAUAAUAGAACCCAACACAUUUGAAGAGACUUCAUUGGAAUUAGAUAAGGAGGGAAUGGAAAUUGUUAAUGCAAUGACUAUGGAUAAAAAUAAAUGUCUUGAGCAACUAGCCACCGAUUGUGAAAGUCCAGACAAAGAGAUCGGGCUGAUAAAAUCUGAUAAACAAGCUUCUAGUGAAUCUCAGAAUAAACUACCAACAACAGAACGGACUGAAAAUGCAAGCAGUAAAAAUUCCUCCACUGCCAGUAAUCCUCCACGAAGUUCAGAACAUUCAGGCUUAUUUUUGUAUGUUGAUCUUCAUGGACAUGCUUCCAAGAAAGGCAUCUUUAUGUACGGCAAUUACUUUGAUGAUCCUGAUGACACAAUAAUGUGCAUGUUGUUACCAAAAUUAAUGUCCAUCAAUAAUUCUAAUUUUCACUUUACAUCGUGUAAUUUCACAGAAAAAAAUAUGUAUCUUAUUGAUAAAAGAGAUGGAAUGUCUCGUGAAGGAUCAGGAAGAGUUGCUGUUUAUAAAAUGACAGGUUUAGUGCGUAGUUAUACUUUGGAAUGUAAUUACAAUUCUGGUCGAUUGGUUAAUACAAUACCUGCGAGAAUACGUGACCUCGCAUUUAAACCACCGGGACACAUGUUUGUGCCUCCAAAAUAUACACCAACUGUGUUCGAAGAAGUUGGAGCAGCACUAGGUCCGUCAAUACUCGACCUAACAAAUAGUAAUCCUAAUAGUCGUUUGUCAAACAGUCAGUAUCGAUCAUUAAGAGGAGUUAAAUCUUAUUUAAAGUUGACUUAUGUUAAUAAUCUUACGACUACGAUCAACAAACCACGAUCGAAGCAUCAAUCAAUUCAUGACAAUAUUGGUCUACUGAAGGACACAACAUGUUUCGAGGACAUUAUAACAACAAUGGGUAGUUUACCAUCGGAAGAAGCAUCAAAUAAUACUCAAAAGAAUGAAACAAGCAGCCCAGCGAAAUCACGUAUUGUUCACCGAACAUCAUCACUCUACAGUACUGUGAAACGAAUUAAAAGUGGAAAGCGAAGUGCUCGUCAAUUGGCAACAACAAAUCGUAAGUCUCUGAAGAAUCAACGUCGAAUAAUGAAUAAUGUCGAAAAUGGUCAGACGAUUUUUAAAAUCAGAUCAUCACGGCUUGGUGUGAAGGCUACGAUGCUUAAAUCAUCUGCUGGACGUCGUCAUCUGCCAGAGAAAAGUCAUCUUCAGAAAAUCAUCAACAAGCAUCCCAGUGGCAAGACAACUAUGGAAAUAAUUGCUGAGCAAACCACAUCAGUAAUUAAAACUGGAACUAAACGACUCAAAGUACUACAAAAUUUAUUAAAAACUCGACCAGAAAUUGGGGAAUCCUCUAAAUCAGUGGCUUUACCACCAGCGUCAUCAUCAUCAUCGUCACCAUCAUCAACCGGUGAGAACUCAACAUCUAAAACAAAAAGAGUUGGCUUUACUCGUGAUAAGCGAAUUAAAGGAACGUUCCCGCGAUUAAGAAAAACGGAACAAAUUAAACCACGCAAAUCGUUUUCUACUAAACUUGUUACUAAAAUCUAGACAUGAGCGUGUGUUGAAAAAAAAAAUUGCAAUAAUAAUUAUUCGUUAAUCAUUUUUAAAAAUAUAUCCGAUAGAUCGCUUUUAUAUUUUAUUUUUAUUUAAAUUAUAUAAUUAUCGAAAGUUAUUUUUUUAUGUUAAGUUUUAAAUUGCCGACUUUAAAAAUAAUUUCAUUCGAAAUCAUCUCUCCGAGUAUUGAAGAAAAAAAAAGUAAUACUGUGAUACUCUCUAAAUGUUUAUUAUUUGUGAUUUGUUAUUAAUACUGUCGACAUCAAUUAAAGAAUGAAUCAAAGCUCCCCUGACGGUUUUAAAUCAGCCUGGAAUCAGCCUGGAAACACCCUGGGAGUGGAAACACGGUGGAAUCACGGUGAAUCCAGGGUGGUUACAUCGUGGGUUUGUGCCAUUUUAUCACCGGUGGUUACAUGGUGUUUUCACGAUGGUAACACGGUGUACCCACCCUGAUUCCACGGUGUAUUCACCGAGAUUCCACAGUGUAUCCACGGUGAUUACGCGGUGUACGUGGAAUCACGGUGAGUACACCGUGUUACCGCCGUGGAAUCACGGUGAUAAAAUGACAAAAAACCCACCGUGUAACCGCCGUGGAUCCACCGUGAUUCUAUCGUAUUUCCAAGGUGAAUCAAAACCGCGAGGGUCCGGAAGCCCACUCUUUAAUAAUAGUAUAGUUAUUGUUAUGUUUGUAUAUAUAUAUCAUUACCUUAUAUGUUAAUUGAAAAAGUUAUUAACAAAAUUUAUUAUAAUUUAGAAAAUGACAUCAAUUGAGUAAUAAUUACUUAUAUAAAUUUUAAUAAGUUAAAUUAAUAUAAAAUAACACAUAUGAAGUGCUCUAAUAUAAAUUACAUCCAUAAAUUUAAUAAAAUAAUCAUCAUUCUCUCACUCACAAAUAUUUAUACCGUAUAGUAUACUUUAUUUAUUUCAUCAAUUUGCUAUGAACUUUAGAAUUCUAAUACACAUUAUAU